GAAAAUAUGAAACUCCUUUUCUUUGCAGAACCCUGUUCUCCAACAGGUGUGAUAGCAAAGACAAGAAGAUCUUCACCAUCCCAGGAAUUUCUCCAGAAAUGAUGGAGAUGAUCAUCACAUUUGCUUACAACCAGACUGUGCCCGUGACAUCUGAAAAUGCAGAGCAACUGCUGGUUGUAGCCCACCAGUUUAAUAUACCUGGCCUGAUUCGUCUGUGUAGCAACUUUCUCGAAUCUCGGCUCUGCCUAAGAAACUGUAUUGGGAUCUGCAAGCUUGCAUAUCACUACUGCUGCCUGGAGUUGCAUCUCAAGGCAUUCAGGUUCAUUCUGCACCAGUUUGAGGAUCUGGUGAGGGAGUCUGAGGAGUUCCUGCUGCUAAGCUUCACUGAACUGUGUGACAUCAUUGAAAGGGAUGAUCUCAAUGUUAGAAAUGAAAGCCUGGUCUUCAAUGCAGUCAUGAAGUGGAUCUAUCACCAGCCAGAAGACCGUAAAAGCCUUCUCCGCAAGCUUCUUCUCAAGGUACGCCUAGCUUUGAGAGACUCUGAAAAUUUUCUGGAGAAUAUAAGAAGCUAUGAGCACAUGAGAAAUAAGGAAUAUAAGAUGUCUAUCUAUAUAGCAUUGCUGCAGAUGAUUUAUGACCUCGGGGUUAAAGAGUCUGCCACCCCACACCUGGCCUGUAGUAUGGCUCACUCUCGCCUCCCCAACAGCAUUCUGCUCGCGAUCGGAGGCUGGAGAGGCAGCAACCCCACUAAUGCCAUUGAAGCAUAUGAUGCACGGGCAAAAGUCUGGACAGAAGUGUUGCAUGAGGAGGACUCCCCCAGGGCCUACCAUGGAACUGUCUUUGUAAAAGGAUAUGUUUACGUAAUUGGAGGUUGUGACAAAGUGAAAUUCUACAACAGGGUAUGCAGGUAUGACCCGGUGCAGAGGGUGUGGCAGGAGGUGGCCCCCACGCAUUCACGCCGCUGCUAUGUAAGCGUAGUUGUUCUCAAUGAUGUCAUCUAUGCAAUGGGGGGCUUUGAUGGUUACACACGCCUGAAAACUGCUGAAAAAUACAAUUUAGAGAAAAACCAAUGGACUCUGCUGCCAUCCAUGAAUGAUCGGAGAAGUGAUGCCAGUGCCGCUACGUUGCAUAGAAAGAUAUACAUCUGUGGAGGUUUCAGUGGGGAAGACUACCUCAUCACAGCAGAAGUCUUCAAUCCCAAAGUGAACCAGUGGUCUUUGAUCACUCCAAUGUCAACUCCGAGAAGUGGCUUGGGAGUCGUUGCAUAUAAAGAUGAAGUCUAUGCGGUAGGUGGCUUUGACGGCUUAAAUCGGCUGGACACAGUAGAAGCCUACAACCCACUGACUGGCUUGUGGCGCACAGUUUCCUCCAUGAGCACUCCACGCAGCAACUUUGGCAUUGAAACAAUGGAGGAUCUACUCUAUGUUGUUGGCGGGUAUGAUGGCUUCACCACCUUUGCCACUGUGAAGUAUUAUAAUAAGGAGAACGACAAGUGGAAAGACAUACCCAACAUUACUGUAGACCGCAGCGCAUUGAGCUGUUGCGUGAUGUCAGGAUUGCCAAACAUUCAAACAUAUGCUGCAGCGAGGGAGCCCAUGAAGCCAGACAGCCAGUCGGCAAAAUGCAAGCUGUCCCCUUUUAGCAACAAGUUGAUACUGUGAGCAACAAGCAGCCAGUGAGGGAAACACUGCUUCAAGCACUUCUGGAUAUGGUAUUUGUUUCAGACCUUCAGAGAAACUAAGCUAUAAAACAAAUGUUUAGCCAGGACUCUCCCCUGUCUUCAAGUGCCUGAUCUGAACCCACUGUGAUUUCAAGCCUGGCACUUCUACCGUGACCCCAGGAUUAUACAUCACCAGCAGUUCUCUAUAUUGAGCUUUUUACAAUGGAGGAAAACAAUGUGUGAGAAUUAAAGGAAAGUUACUUAAAUGCUGUAAUAUUCCUAAUUUACAAGGAACUCGCCUUGAAACGUUUGUGAUCUGAUGGCUUUGGAUUGCUGUUGUGUGUGGAAACCCACGUCAUGCAACAAAAUCACGGCUGCACCACUGCUGAUACUCUGCAUACUUUAAAAACACCCGGCAUUAACUCCAUUAUGUUCACAUAAUGUAAAGCAAGUAUUUUUAAGGGAACAUUUCUUAACAAUUGAUCUAAUUAGAUUAAAACUUUAAAGUAUCAAAUACUGGGCUGCAAGAAUGUGACAGAACAUUCAGUCCAUUCAUCCAUUUUCAGAGACAUUCCUCCAUCAUUAAAGGA